AACAGCACUUCACCGCCUCUCCACCUCUCCUAGUCUCAAUGCAUUUUUCUCUUAUUUUAUUUCUUAAACUUGCCUUCCCAACAAGAAUCAAGUUGGAAUCUUUAAGGAUCUGAAUUAAAAGCAUAAAUAAAACUCCAUUAAUGGUGCUGCAUCUUUGAAGGCUCACAUCAUUUCUUGCUCAUCUCCAAAAAAAUUUGUUUUCGUUUUAGGAUUUUUCCGAGUUUCGUUUCUUGAUUACUUUUACAACUGAGGGAAUCCAUUCGAAUUUGAAGAUGUACAUAGUAGAUAGCAGAGGAGGAGCCAUAGCAUGCAUGCUGCUUGCGCUCCUCUUCCUAGGAACAUGGCCUGCAAUUCUAACUCUGUUAGAACGACGUGGUCGUCUUCCUCAACACACUUAUCUUGAUUACACAAUCACCAAUCUUCUGGCAGCUGUCAUAAUCGCUUUCACAUUUGGAGAAUUUGGCCAUACCAAUGAUGACAAACCCAAUUUUCUAGUCCAGCUUUCUCAGAACAAUUGGCCAAGCGUUCUGUUUGCAAUGGCAGGUGGGGUAGUUUUAAGCCUUGGAAAUCUGUCAACACAGUACGCUUGGGCAUUUGUGGGUUUAUCAGUAACUGAGGUCAUCACUGCAAGUAUUACAGUUGUUAUAGGUACAACUUUGAACUACUUUUUAGACGAUAAAAUCAACAGAGCUGAGAUACUUUUCCCAGGGGUUGCAUGUUUCUUGAUUGCUGUUUGUCUUGGUUCUGUUGUGCAUGCAUCUAAUGCCAAAGAUAAUCAAGAAAAGCUUGAUGGAUUAAAAGGUUCUAAAAUUGACAAAAAAGGAUCAAUUAGCAACGGGUCAUACGCGACAUCAAAAAAGGAUCUGGAGGAUGGAGGUGGUAAAGGAGAGAAAGCGAAAGCAGGGACUGCAAGUUUUCUUAUUGAACUCGAGAGCCAAAGAGCAAUCAAGGUAUUUGGAAGGAGCACUUUGAUUGGUUUAGCCAUGUGUUUGUUUGCUGGAAUUUGUUUUUCUCUCUUCUCACCAGCAUUUAACCUUGCAACCAAUGACCAAUGGAAUACAUUGGAUGAUGGUGUUCCUCACUUAAGUGUCUACACAGCUUUUUUCUACUUUUCUUGCUCUUGUUUUGUGAUUGCCAUAAUUUUAAACAUUACAUUCCUUUAUCACCCGGCAUUCAACUUGCCUAAAUCUUCAAUCAAAGCCUAUUUGAAUGACUGGGAAGGGCGUGGUUGGGCGUUUCUGGCUGGCUUUCUGUGUGGUUUUGGGAAUGGUCUCCAGUUUAUGGGAGGACAAGCUGCUGGUUAUGCUGCAGCUGAUGCGGUUCAGGCGCUUCCACUUGUGAGUACCUUUUGGGGUGUGCUCAUUUUUGGUGAAUACAGAAAGUCUUCGAGAAGAACGUAUGUAUUCCUUAUAGGCAUGUUGUCCAUGUUUAUUGUGGCUGUUGGAGUUUUAAUGGCUUCAUCUGGUCAUCGGAAACAUUAAGAUGAUUUAAAGGAUAAAAUUGUAACACGGGAUUUAAAACACUGCAAAGUUCAGUCAUUAUAUAAUCAAUAUAUACACACGAUAACCCUAUGUGAUUCA